AUGGAGCUCCGUUUUUUUCAGGAAAAUAGAUUUUUGGUGAUGGUCAUUCGUGAUUUGUUGAAUUUAUGUGAGAUUACUAAGGGAAAAGACAAUAAAGCUGUCAUUGCCAGCAACAUUAUGUAUGUCGUCGGCCAGUAUCCAAGGUUCUUAAGGGCCCAUUGGAAGUUUUUGAAAACAGUUGUGAAUAAGCUGUUUGAAUUCAUGCAUGAGACACAUCCUGGUGUUCAGGACAUGGCCUGUGAUACAUUCUUGAAAAUAGUUCAGAAGUGCAAGCGUAAAUUUGUUAUUGUCCAGGUUGGAGAGACUGAACCAUUUGUAUCUGAACUUCUGACUGGCCUUGCAACAACUGUUCAAGAUCUUGAGCCUCAUCAAAUUCACUCAUUUUAUGAAUCUGUUGGUAAUAUGAUCCAAGCAGAAUCAGAUCCUCAGAAGAGAGAUGAAUAUCUACAGAGAUUGAUGGCACUCCCAAACCAGAAAUGGGCAGAAAUCAUAGGACAGGCACGACAGAGUGUAGAAUUCCUCAAGGAUCCAGUUGUGAUACGUACAGUGCUUAAUAUCCUGCAGACCAACACUAGUGCUGCUACUUCACUAGGAACGUACUUCUUAUCCCAAAUUUCCUUGAUAUUCUUGGAUAUGUUGAACGUUUACAGAAUGUACAGUGAGCUUGUGUCAACCAGCAUCACUAGUGGGGGACCAUAUGCUUCCAAGACAUCUUUUGUAAAACUCUUAAGGUCUGUCAAGAGGGAAACCCUUAAGCUGAUAGAAACCUUUUUAGACAAAGCUGAAGACCAACCACACAUAGGGAAACAGUUUGUGCCUCCAAUGAUGGAAUCUGUGCUCUGUGACUAUGCGAGGAAUGUACCUGAUGCUAGGGAAUCAGAAGUUCUUUCACUAUUUGCAACGAUUAUAAACAAGUACAAGGCAACAAUGUUAGAUGACGUGCCAAACAUAUUUGAAGCUGUUUUCCAGUGUACGUUGGAGAUGAUAACUAAGAACUUCGAAGAUUAUCCGGAACACCGCCUGAAGUUUUUCUCCUUACUCCGUGCUAUUGCUACAUUUUGCUUCCCUGCCUUGAUAAAGUUGUCAAGUCAGCAACUAAAGCUAGUGAUGGAUUCAAUUAUCUGGGCAUUUAGACAUACUGAGAGAAAUAUCGCUGAAACUGGGCUUAAUCUUUUGCUUGAGAUGCUGAAGAACUUUCAGCAAUCUGCGUUUUGUAAUCAGUUCUUCCGGUCUUACUUUAUACAAAUCGAGCAAGAAAUAUUUGCUGUUUUAACUGAUACCUUCCAUAAGCCUGGCUUCAAGCUGCAUGUGUUGGUGCUGCAGCAUCUGUUUUGCCUGGUUGAGAGCGGUGCUUUGACGGAACCUUUGUGGGAUACUGCAACCGUACCUUACCCGUAUCCGAACAAUGCUGCCUUUGUUCGUGAAUACACCAUUAAGUUAUUGAGCUCUUCCUUCCCCAACAUGACUGCAACAGAGGUCACACAAUUUGUGAAUGGACUUUACGAGUCAAGAAAUGACCCGUCUGAAUUCAAGAAAAACAUUCGCGACUUCCUUGUGCAGUCGAAGGAAUUCUCCGCUCAGGACAACAAAGAUCUAUACGCAGAGGAAGCAGCUGCGCAGAGAGAGCAAGAGCGUCAAAGAAUGCUUUCGAUUCCUGGUCUUGUUGCUCCUAAUGAGAUUCAAGACGAGAUGGUGGACUCCUAA